AGACCAGGCAAUAAUGAAGCCUUAAACAUCUUCCACUCAUCUGCCCACUGUAACCUACAACGUUGGGUGCCUUGUACUCCAUGGGCUGCCAAUUCCAGGAAUAUGUAGCGUGACAAAGAAUGCUGUUCCAUAUUAAUCCAGAGGACCAUAAAGCACCGCUACUCUACCUAAAGAGCUGGUUUAAGAAAAAGAAGCCCAGAGCUCCCAAAGCCAGCUAAUGGGAUGGAGUUUUUAUAUUCUGCCAUCAGGCAGCUAAGGAAGUUAGAUGAAGAUAGUCUGACAAAACAACCCGAAGAAGUGUUUGAUGUGCUAGAAAAACUCGGAGAAGGGUCCUAUGGCAGUGUUUUCAAAGCUAUCCAUAAAGAAACGGGCCAGGUUGUUGCAAUUAAGCAAGUUCCUGUUGAAUCUGACUUGCAGGAGAUCAUUAAAGAGAUAUCCAUAAUGCAACAAUGUGAUAGUCCUCAUGUAGUCAAAUACUAUGGCAGCUAUUUUAAGAACACGGACCUCUGGAUUGUCAUGGAAUAUUGCGGUGCCGGAUCUGUGUCUGAUAUUAUUCGACUGCGAAAUAAAACGUUGAUGGAAGAUGAAAUCGCUACAAUAAUACAAUCAACACUCAAAGGGCUGGAAUACCUCCAUUUCAUGAGGAAAAUACACCGUGACAUCAAAGCUGGCAAUAUAUUACUCAAUACAGAAGGGCAUGCUAAACUUGCGGAUUUUGGGGUAGCAGGCCAACUCACAGACACCAUGGCAAAAAGGAACACUGUGAUAGGAACUCCUUUUUGGAUGGCACCUGAAGUGAUCCAAGAAAUCGGAUACAAUUGUCUAGCAGACAUCUGGUCUCUGGGCAUUACUGCCAUUGAAAUGGCAGAAGGAAAACCACCAUAUGCCGACAUUCACCCGAUGAGGGCAAUUUUCAUGAUUCCAACAAAUCCACCUCCAACAUUCCGGAAGCCUGAACUCUGGUCAGACGAAUUCACAGACUUUGUAAAGCAGUGUCUUGUGAAGUGUCCAGAAAAAAGAGCCACUGCCACACAGCUGCUUCAGCAUCCGUUUGUAAAAAAUGCCAAAGGAGUUUUCAUCCUACGAGACCUGAUUAAUGAAGCAAUGGAUAUUAAACUGAAAAUUCAGGAAGCUCAACAGCGCGAGAUGUAUCAUGAUGAUGAAGAAAAUUCAGAAGAAGAUGAAACUGAUGCUAGGACCAUGGUGCGGGCACAGGGACAAGAGACUGGUACAAUCAGAGCUGCUUGUGGAAUGAGUGAUGGCAUCAAUACCAUGAUAGAAUACAAUGACACGUUAGAGUCACAACUGGGAACAAUGGUUAUAAAUGCUGAAGAUGAAGAAGAUGAGGGUACAAUGAAGAGAAGAGAUGAAACAAUGGAGUCUGUCAGACCAUCUUUCCUUGAUUAUUUUGAGCAAAAAGAAAAAGAGAAUCGGAGAAACAACUAUGGAAGGAAUGUACCAGAAAGAUAUUCCUCCGAUUGGAGAGUUCCUCAGGAUGGUGAUUAUGAAUUCCUGAGAAACUGGACUGUUGAAGAACUUCAAAGAAGACUCGGGGCGCUUGACCCCAUGAUGGAGCAGGAGAUAGAAGAAGUUCGCCAAAGGUAUCAGUCAAAACGGCAGCCAAUUCUUGAUGCCAUUGAAGCAAAGAAGAGACGCCAGCAGAACUUCUGAGGAAAGCCUGCCAGUAGAAUCCAUCAUCCCUAACAAUAAACUGUGUUUCUAUGACUACUGUGUAGGUGGAUUUCUGUUUUAAAUGGUCCGGUUUUCACGUGACACUAAGCCAAACCAUAGCUUAGCAUGAACAAAUUCCCAGAGAGGAGAUGGUGGCUUUGUUCCUACUCUGGUCAAUCUGCUGUGCUACACCGAGCAAAGCCGUGAUUUGGCUUAGUGUGUCCUCUGAACCCAGUCUUGUGAUUUAGCUCUCACAGUCAAACCACAUGCUGUAACCAAGGUUUUUCCUAUGGUUUAUGAUUUGGAGAGAGCUAAGCCAUAAGCCCAGGUUCAGAAGACACAUUAAAUCAAAUUGCAGCUUAACACAAUGCAGUGCAACAGCAACAUGACCAGGGAGGAGCAAAAUGCCUGCUUUGUGUUAAGCCAUGGCCUGGCCUAGUGUUGUGUGCAAACGAUGGCAAUGUGUUAGCAAAGCAAAGCAAGCCAGUGGCUGCUUCCUCCAUUUACUGUAGCACCUUUUCAAACUCAGGAAUGCCAUUAUGUGGAGUCCUCAUGAACAGAUUAUGCUUGUGUUUCAGUGUUAGAUGUGUUCUGAAUAGAUCGCAUGUUGCUUCAGAGAAGUCCUGUUACUUUUGGAGCCAGUCUUUAUAUAUAUAUAUAAUAAGUAAAUUGGAGCAACAAUAGGAAACAGACUAAAAGAAUGUUGGUGCUCAGAUGGCCAGUCAGUCUCACAGGCCUGUUUUCUGCCUUGUGGGUUUAUCCCACACUCUGGCGUGAGGCUGCCUCAUUGGUUCAUGAAGAAAACAAAGUAGGUAAACUAGUGUCAUUCGUUGGAUGCACUUAGGUUGGACUGCAAGAAUGCAAACAUAUGCUUAUUUUUGUGAAACUCUUAAGUGCUUGUGAAACCAGAAACCUUGCACACUUCUCUGUUCGCCUAAUUUGUCCCAAUAAAAGAUGCAUAGCUUAACUUCCAUAUCUCCUUUAUGCAGCAACCACUUUGUAUUAAACUGCUCCCUCUUUAAAUUUCCCCCUGUUACUGUUUAAUGGUACUCUGGAAAUAGGUUUUUAAAAGAAAAGUGAUUCACUAGCAAAAAUGUGCAACCUGCUCCAGCGUUUGAAAGGGAAUAUAAACUCUCUUUGUCCCUUCCAGAAGCCUCUAAAUGUCCCAUGCCUUACAUUCCCCCUUUUAAAGCAUUGAAUUUCAGGCUUAUAUUUAUAUCCUUUCCACUGUGUACUUUAUGAGUGAAUGCUGAUAACGUUUGAGUGAUUUCUUGGUAUUUUUUAAAUAUAUUAAUGUGAAACUAACCCAUCACUCAAGAAAACGUGAAUCCUACUUUGUGUUUCUUCAGAAUUCCUUGCAGCAGAGGAAUGUCAAAGUAAUUGCAACUCAGGAAAUUAGGAACUCUCUUGAGAUAAUGAGAGGUUUGAAAUAUUUAAGGAAUUGCGAAUGUUUAUGGGCUUUGCUAUUUUGAGCUUAAUUUGUUUGAGGCUUGCAAUAUUAGUUUUAAAUUUUAAACUAGAACGUGUUUUCUGUUUAUUUGGAAAGGUUAAGGACGUCAGUUAAGAUUAAAAUAACAAUCUGUUGGCUCAAAAGAAUAAUUUCAAAAUGCCCUUUUAGGAAAAGCUUGAUGUGUCAAGCUUAAUAAAGCAAUUUCAUUCAUUUCUAA